UGAAACUAGAAAAGCUCCACGUCGGUAAAAAAAAAACCUUCGCCGCCGAUUGCUAGUGUUUCUCGCUCUCCGCCGCGUAGUCUCUCUCAAACUCGCUAAAUUCCGACGAUCGAAAAACCUCAGCAACUUUAUUACUUCGAAGAUUGACUUGAAAAGUUGCUAGAAGCUUACAUUGAUUUGCAGCAGCUUGUGCAUCAUUCUCUUUUCUCAGUUUGAUAAUUGAAGCGUUUUUGAUGGGAAGCAAAGGAAGAAUCCAUCCACCUCAUAUGAGGCGUCCUCUUCCAGGUCCCGGUAUAGCUCAUCAUCCCGAGAAUUUUGGCCCCGGUAUGCCGUCUUCUGCUCAAGGUGCGUUUACUUCCUUCAACAUGAUGCCUCCACCAGAAGUCAUGGAGCAGAAAUUCGUGGCACAACACGGGGAGAUGCAGAGAUUAGCAAUAGAGAAUCAGAGACUUGCUGCUACACAUGGUAGCUUAAGACAAGAGCUAGCAGCAGCACAGCACAAUUUGCAGAUGCUUCACGCGCAGAUAGGGUCGAUGAAGUCCGAGAGAGAGCAACGGAUGAGUGGUCUUGCGGAUAAAGUUGCUAAAAUGGAGACUGAGCUGCGGAAGUCAGAGGCAGUGAAGUUGGAGAUGCUAGAGGCACGCGCAGAGGCGCAUAACCUGGUGGUGGCGAGGGAGGAUCUUAUGUCCAAAGUGCAUCAGUUGAAUCAGGAACUUCAGAAAGCUCAUUCCGAUGUGCAGCAAGUGCCAGCUCUUAUGUCCGAGCUUGAUAGUUUAAGACAGGAAUACCAGCAGUGCAGGGCAACAUAUGACUAUGAGAAGAAGUUUUACAACGACCAUAUCGAGUCACUUCAGGUAAUGCAGAAGAACUACAUGACUAUGGCUAUGGAAGUACAAAAGCUUCAAGCACAGUUAAUGAACAAUCCAAAUUCGGACAGGAGAGCUGCUGGCCCUUAUGGUAGCAACAUCAAUGCUGAAAUUGACGCUUCUGGGCAUCAGAGUGGAAUUAGUUACUAUGAUGAUACUUUUGGUCACCAGGGAUAUAUUCCUCCACCAGCUGCUGGUAACGCAACUGGACCAAAUCCGUAUGUUGCGACAGCUCAAAUCCCAUACCCAGGACCAGGAGUAACUCAGCCAGGAUACUUCCCUCCAAGGCCUGGUUACUACUUCCCAAGAGGCCCUCCUGGUUCAUAUGACCCAAAAAGGCCUGGCCCAGGAACACACGGAGGUCCAUUCCCACCUGCAUCAUCCUACAAUACGCCUUACGUCCCUGCUGCUGCAACAACUGGUCCACGCGGAAACACUAGUCACAGAUGAGACCAUCGAGUACAUAACAAUAACUUGCCAGCUAUACAAUGCUUCAACUGUGGAGUUGUUGCCGGUUUUGGAUAAUUUAUAUAUGGUCAAGAGAUGCUGGUACAGUGGUGAACUUUGAGUUCUAUUGUUUAUCUGAUUUUGGUGAGAGCUUGACUCGAGUCUGUACUGAGACAAUUCUCAACAAGUUUUGCCUUUAAACUGUGUGAUAUGAGAGAGAUGUAAACUCAGGAAAUAAAUAACAAAAAAAGAAGAGAAAUUUGUACUCA